AUGUUCAACAUCGAUCCGGAUUUCGAAUUCAACUUGUCGGGAUAUAAAUGGUUUAUUUACGAUAACAAGUGCUUUGAGGGUCACAGUUUUACUGAAGUCUUGGAUACAUAUUGGUUUGAGGAAGAUAUUCAGUUUGGGCAAUUUUUAAUUGAUUAUAUUAUUACUGUUGACACUAAUUCUGUAUCUCGGCCUAAUGUUGAUAUGGAUUGGGAGACUAAUUCUUCUUUGAGUAACUUUGUUACUAUUCAGGAUCAGAAUUCUUGUCAUAGAGAUAAUAAGUUUUAUGAGGACUUAGAUCCUAAUUUUAGUUGA